AUGUCUAUCGUCGGAGCUAAUCUCUCACUUAUUACAGCGCAAAAACAGAGAGAAUAUUGUAAAACGCCAAAACUAUUGUCAAUAGGUAGUAUAUUUCGCUUUGCCUGUAAAAAUGAUGUGAUAUGGGGUUCAGGUGUACUGGAUUCCGUCACGUUUCCCAGUAAAUCAUAUUCGAAAAUCAUGCGAACACUUGAUAUCAGAGCAGUUCGUGGACCGAGAACGAGACAAUUUCUCAUGUCUACUUUCAAUAUUUCAGUGCCGAGAGUAUAUGGCGAUCCUGCCUUACUUUUGCCUUACUAUUUAACAGGAUAUAAAAAAGCGUUGGUACCUACCAUUUCGAGACUUCUCAUAUUACACUAUAUAGACGCCAAAAGAGGACCCGCUAUUGCUGGAAAUACGCCAAUAGUAACUAUCAAUGCCUGUCUGCCAUGGGAUCAAAUCAUAAACUUAAUUCUUCAAAGUGAGCUCGUAAUAUCAACAUCACUACAUGGAAUUAUUGUAGCUGAAGCAUUCGGCAUACCUGCUAGAGUCUUAGCAUCACCACAAAUUACAUUAUUCAAAUUCCAUGACUAUUUUGAAGGCACUCGAAGAAAACUUCGAUAUGCAAACAACUUGAGCGAAGCCAUUCAAAUGGGUGGCGAAAUUCCAAUGAAACUUCAUUUGACAAAACUACGAAAGGCAUUCCCUAUGGAUAAAUUUGAAGCUAAAUCGUAA